AUGGAAACUACUGAAAGUGAUCAUAAAUUAUUAUUAAGAGAUAGGGAUAAUAAUGGUAAUAAUGAAUUAAAAAAUAUUAGAGAAGAAUUAUUUAAAAUCCAACAAUUAUUUAAACAAAUUGAUUAUUCAGUAUUUAAUUUGGAAAAUAAGGAAAAUAUUGAAAAAGCCGAUUUUAGUGAGGAUUUUACCACAUUUUCAUCUUUAUCAACAACUUCAUCAUCUUUUUCAUAUUCAUGUACAUCUUCAACAUCAUCCAUCAAUUCAUCAUCAUCAUCAUCAUCAUCAUCAUCAUCAUUUUGUGGUGUUAAAAGAUAUAGAGAUAGUCGUGAAAUUGAUAUAUCAGAUAGAGUUAAAAACCCAUUAACCUUUGAUAUUACAAAUGUAGAUUAUAAUAAAAAUAAAAAUAAAAAUAAAAAUAAAAAUAAUAAUAAUAAUAAUAAUAAUAAAACUGGUAAUAUAUUUUUUGAAGGAAAAUUCUCUACAGCAUCCUCUUUAUCAAGUAAUCCAAAAAAUGAUUUUUAUCCCCAAAAUAGUCUUCUAAAUAAUAUUAAUUAUGAUUAUUAUUAUUAUUAUGAUGAUUAUUAUUAUUAUUAUUAUUAUUAUUAUUAUAACCAAAAUUAUUAA